AUGGCGGCGACGGUGGCCCGCGGAUUGACCAGCAGCCCGCAGAGGAUGAUCAUCAGCUCGUACCACCACCACUCGAGGCAGACCGAGGUGCAGGUGGGGACGGCGAGGCGGACCAGGGUUGACCACCCCCGCAGGCAGUCAACGCUGGGGCUGACCCAGGAGUCGCGGUAAACGCCGGAGGCGAGAACGUAGCCGAGGAGGCAGAGGCAGAGGUUGAGGUCUGUGAGGACCAUGGCGGCGGCGACGCCGGCGAUGCCCAUGCGGAGGCGCACCACGAGGGCGUAGUUGAGGGGGACGUGGAGGGCCACGGAGAUGGCGGAGGAGCAGGUGAUCGGGAGGGUGAUGCUCUGCGUGCGCAGAUAG